AUGGAUGAGGUGGUAGAGGACAAGGGCAAGAAGGGCAAGGGCGGAGCAGGGGGGAAGAAGGCGCCGGCGCCACCCACAACGAAGAAACAACGCCAAGCGGACCUCUCGAAGACGAUCAGCCAGCAGUGGAAGAACCUGUCGGCAGAGGAACGUCAGUACUGGGAGGACCUCGCGAAGGAGAAGAAGAAGGAGCACGAGGCGCUCUAUCCGCAUUAUGUGUAUCGGCCGCAGAGGGUGAAGGGGAAG